CUCCCAUUGGCCCGGGCGCGCCGGAAGCGGCGCCUAACGGACGCGGCCCGCUCCCCGCUCCCUUCGGCUGCCGCUGCCGCUCCUGCCCGGCCGCGGCCUGCCCCAGGAGUGGCAUGUAAGAAAAUUUUCAUCUGAAAACAGAAAAUGGCUUCAAGAGGAACAACAGAGACUAGUAAACUAAAACAAAACUUGGAAGAGCAGUUGGACAGAUUAAUGCAGCAGCUUCAAGAUCUGGAGGAAUGCAGAGAGGAGCUAGAUGCAGAUGAGUAUGAAGAAACCAAAAGAGAAACUCUGGAACAGCUGCGUGAGAUCAGUGACUCCCUGAAGAAGAUUAUGUCUGGAGAUAUGACUUUGGUGGAUGAGCUCAGUGGGAUGCAACUGGCAAUACAAGCAGCCAUCAGCCAAGCAUUUAAAACUCCAGAAGUAAUUAGAAUGUUUGCAAAGAAACAACCAAGGCAACUGAGGACAAGGUUGGCAGAGAUGGACCGAGACUUAAUGGUUGGGAAACUGGGACGAGACCUCUACACGCAGCAGAAAGUGGAAAUCCUGACUGCUCUCAGGAAGCUUGGUGAGAAGCUCACCCCAGAUGAGGAGACCUUCUUGUCAGCAAAUGCUGGUGCAGCUCUGAGCCAGUUUGAGAGAGUCUCCACUGACCUUGGAUCAGGAGACAAAGUCUUUGCUCUAGCAAGUUUUGAAGUAGAGAAGGCCAAACAAUGAAGAGGUGCGUGAGGCUUGUGUCUCUCCAGUUAUCAGCAGCAUUGGACUUCUGUCAUACUGCAUUUGGUUUUUCUACUUUUAACAUAUUGGGGAAAAAAAGGAAGGCAAACCAAAACACAAACCCUAAACCUCUUGGGUUUUUAACCAGAAGAUAUGAAGCAAACAGCCUUAAGUGCACUUUGGAACCCUGGUGUCUGUAACCCUUAGUAAUAUAAGCUCUGAGGCUGAACACUAAGUGGUACUCUAAAAACAAAAGCAUGGUCUGACUGCCUUUGGAAAGAAUCAGCUAUUUUCAACUUUUCUGAGUGUGUAUUUCUCUAACUAUUAAAACAUAAUCUUUUUGCAUGUGGUUAGAGCAAGCAGAUCCUUCUCUGGAGCAGUCCUGACAGGCAAGUGGUUGUUUUGGGGUGAUUGUUCAUGUUGCUUUCAAGUUUGUCUGGACUCCAUAACUUUGUCUGAACUCAAAUACUAAGUAGUUUGUACUGGGAAUAUGUUGAAGGCCUGAAAAACUGACAUUGUUUAUUUGAAAUGCCAUCUUUCCACAAACUAUUUGCAGAACCCAGAUGAGACUGGAUGUUCAUCACUGGCCCUUGGCUGCUUGUUUGCUGUGCAGAUGAACGAGCAUUAUUGUGUCCUAGCCUAGCCUGAGAAACAAUGGAAGCCCUGUAGGGAGGCCUCUGGAGUAAUUUAACCUUGUGUAUUGAAAUGACAGGGAAUGGCUAGGAAAUGGCAAUGAGAAGCCCUUUCUGUGACCUCUUUAGCUCUGGGUAUUACAACUACAUGCUAUCAUUAUUUCCUGGUAUAGCUGGGAUAGCAUGAAAUAGCUUGCAAGCAGAAACAAGUUGAAAAAGGGCUGGAGGGGGAAAGCUCUCAUUACAUAUUCAAUGCAAGUGUUGCUCAGUCUAUUUAUCAGAUGGUGGAGCUGUGGAGAGAGAGGAUCUGUGCCUCCACAAAGAAGUUAGAAUCCUGAAUAAUUGUCAGGGUGUUGGGAGACUUAAGAUCACAUAUUGUUGAAUUUUUAUCUCCCAGUGUGAAGAAACUGCUUGGGAUAUGUGGUUAACUUCCAAAUUAACUGGGGAUUUUUUUGGUGAAACCCAUGUUAGGCAUCUUGUUCUUAAGCUACUGACUGCUUCACACUCUCAUUUGGUAGGUGUUAGCAUUUUGUGUGAGCUGACUGGAAGCCUGUUUGUCACUGAGAACGUUUUCAGCUGAAGAAAUGUGCAUUUCAAGCCCGCUCUCCCCUUGGCAUAUAUUCAGAUGCUGACCUCAUGAUGUUGGUAACCAAAAAAAAAAGGCAUUUAUCAACUGAAUUUUAUUCCUGUUCCUCUUCUUAUUUUACCACUAGCUAAAGAAAAGUAUACAGCUUCUAGCUGGAAAAAUAAAAGGGGGGUGAAUAAUUCAAAAGUAUUUAAUGCAAAGAAACCACUUAUCUCUUUCUGUGCAAAACGUUAAACAUUAGACAGUUUGGGAUCCUUUAGUCUGUAAGUUUUAAUGGGGAGUUAGUGCUUCCUUUCUUUGGAGAGCUUCAGAUGAGGAGGAAGUGUUACAAAAUCUCAUUGGCAAGGGGAGUGCUUGGCUGUGUGUGGUGACAUGCUAUUAUUAUCUGGCACCCCUGAGAAGUGUGAUUUGCCAGUCACAGAUACACUCAGUUCCCCUUCUUAGAAGAUGGGGCAGAAAUGCAUCAAGAGAAGAAAGCUGCCAUUGUGCUGCUUAAACUCCACAUAUUAUCUGGGGUUUAUCUCAGUGAUAAUUUUUUCCAUAGAUGAGAGCAAAGUACAAGAACCAAAUGCCACAGAGGUUGAUGCUAACUCAGCAUAUGAUAUUAAAAAGAGGUUGAACAGAGAUCUCACCUGCAUUGCUACAGUGAUAGGUGUGUGUAUCUGCAGGACAAACAGAUUUUGUGCUGGUUUUAGUGAUUUAGUAUAUUUCCAUGUGUCUCACUUAAGUUUGAAGCAUGCUAAUGAUCUGUGAAAUGUGAUAGAUGCUGUCACAGUUAGUUCCUGGAAAGACAAGGAUGACAGUAUUACUGGAAAGAGCAGAAUUCCUAGGGAAGAAGACAUCUUGUUUCUGUCUUGUUAGUGCUUUGAAUCGUAAAAAAUGAGAAAUGUGCUUAAAGGACAACAGUGAAAUUAUUUUAGUAAUGGUUUAUAAAGCAUCUUGCAACCCCAAAUAUGGGGUAGAUUCAGUUUGAGUUCAUGGUGGAAUGGCUGCUCUGGCAACAGUGCGGUUGAACCUGCCUUUGCUAGCAAUGGAGGUGACCCACUGCUUUGAUGCAGCCUGUGUUUAACGGAGGAGAACUACUGUGGUUUACCUAUCACAUCUAUGUCUUAGGAUUUUAUAGCUAGGCUUGAGCUUCAGUGAGAGCUGCUGGUAAAUUGAGUAGAGUGGAAAUAGUCUUAAGUGUGGAUUGCAAUGUUCAUCUCCAUAUCACAUAGAGACUAAGUGGGUAGUGUAGGCUCAGAACUAAAAAUUAACAUGAUCAGUGAUUUAGGUUGCACUUAUGGGGUGUAAAAAAAAUACUUUAUAAGUAAGCAAGUGUAAUUGUGAAGUAGGACUGGAGUAGUGUCAGCCAGGAAUUGUGUGGGUUAGAAUGUCUUUUGAUUUUAAUAGAUUGUCCUUUUGGAAAUGUAGGCAGCAAGACAAUGUCGUUGAGGUCUUUGAUGGAACUUUUUUUUUUGGCUUUCUUUUUUUAAGAAGCUUUGACUUAGGUUGGGUCUUUCUGUCCAUUACAACAGAACUAUUUUCCUGUCUGGGUCAGUAUUGUGUUCUCUGACAAAGGCUGUGAUUGCAGCUUUAUAGCUGAGAGCAGCUUAUUAAAAGGCAUUAUUAGACAGUCUAAAAUUAUUGAAAACAAAACAGUCCAUGGGGACCGUAGCUGCCUUCUUUUCCUUUCUGCUCAUUACUGGUGCUAAGUAACUCUUCUCCCCCCACAGCCCCCAACCUGCUUGCAGCAUUAGUAUGCAAAUUAAAUCUCUCAGUGCUCCCACAGAUCUCUGUAAGUUUACAGUAUAAUGAUAUGGAAAUCUUUUUCCUUGUAGUGGGGAAGGUGUAUGUUUCCAGGAGAAACUCUUGUUUUGUUGAUUGGCAAAUAUUUCAGGAUUCUUUCUGUACUGCAGGCAGUUGUACAAUUCCUAUUAAACCAAUUCUUGACUUAA